GGAGCUGAUGGCCAAAGUUCAGUCCUUUAUCGACGAGCCGUCCGCCGACCAGGACGUCGAGGUCCGCGCCGUCUUCCCGGACGAGCUUUUCGAGGAGCUCGCCAGCUCCAUGGCCGCGGAGGGCUGGGACGGCAUCCAGGAGACGCGGGAGCUCUGGAAGAGUGACUUCUCCAGACGGAAGAUCAUCAACGGGUUCUUGAAGGACAAGCAGAUCGGCGCGAAGCGCUUCGCCUCCAUGCCCGACCGGAUCACGAACACGAUCAACCUCGCCGGCGGCGGCGUGUCUUGCCGCCCGACCGUCAUCAACAACUACGAGGAGCUGCUGCCCGACAUCCCAGCCUGGUGGGCGGCGUGGAGGGCGUGGAUGUUCUCGCGGGAGCUGGAAAUGCCCGCCAAGGGCGGAGGCACCAAGAAGGCCAGGCCUUGCAGCAUGCUGGAGCGGAUCCCUCGCGCGAAGUACCCUGCUGUCACCGAGGCGGAGGAGAGGAUCAGCGUGCCCCUGCAGACGCUCUGCUGCGCCAUCUUCGACGCCAUCCUGGUGCACAUGCUCAACGCGGUGGGCCCCACGACGUGGCACGGCGUCAAGAUGUCUCUGUGCAGGACGCUCUCCACCAACAAAGUGGCGCUCACGAUUAGCAUCCUCGAGACACAGUACGUCGAGUGUGAUAUAGUGUUUCUACAGGAGUGCUCCGCGGUCUUCGCGGACACCAUCGCCUCGACGCCCACCCUCGCGGCGGAGUUCCACGUCCUGAAGCCCGCGGCCCUGGACCACAAGCGCGACCAGAACAGCCUGAUCCUCGUGUCGAGGAGGAGCUUCGACGGCCCCGCGGCCGAGGAGGUCACCAGCGCCGUCGAGGCGAGGAUAAAGGAGGCCACCGGCAUCACGCUCGCCCAGGGCGACCUCUGCGCGUACGUGGUGCCCCCGGCCGGUGGCGACGCGGGGAGCAAGUGGCUGCUGUGCUCCUUCCACGGCGACACCGACGGGC